AUGGAAGAAACACAACCCAGUACUGAACCUUCUCUUUCACUUACUUCAUGUAGUAUAUCGUUUUUGCAUGAAAUAGACAACUCUGAAACAGAAAACCCAAGUAGAUACAAUACAUACCAAGUAGAAGAACUCAAUCUUAUAGGUAAUUUCAACGAUGAAGAAAGUAGAGAAUUAAAUGAAGAACCAAGAGUAUUCCCAUGUAUAUAUUGUCAAAAGAAAUUCUAUAGUUCACAAGCUUUAGGAGGACAUCAAAACGCACAUAAACGAGAGCGUACAAUAGCCAAAAGAGAUCGAUAUCUUGGCCGUGAAGCCGCUGCUUUUAGUUAUGCUAAUAACAUGCACCACUACCAUCCCUACUAUCAGCAUCAAUUCUCAACUAUGGGUUCUUUACCUUUUCAUGGUUUACUCAUCAGUAAUAAUAAUAGAUCAUUAGGUGUUCAAGUUCAUUCUGUGCUGAUGAAUGAACCCACACCAUCAUCUCAUUUACCUUCUUCAUCUUUUCGUGGUCUUCCUCCUCCUCACCAUCUAUAUGGACAGCAGCAUCCUGGACGGACAGCAUCAUUAAAACCAUUUAUAAUGGAUCAUCGACCAACAGUCGGACGGUUACCGACGUCCUAUGUACCUGGGUCCCUUCCCCGAAUCCCAAGGUUUCAUGAUGAAGGGAUUGAUGGUGGGAGUUUUCUGUUGCAAGUUGGCGGCCGCGGUGGGGUUUACCGGAGUGGCACUGCUAAUGAUAAUCAAAAAGACUUGAAGAAGAUUGAUUUGGGUCUUAGGCUUUAGGUUAUAUUAGGAAGUUUUUUAAGUCUUGAACUCUGGAAUAAGAGUUUUCUCACUGGUAUCAUCACUAAAUUUGUUAUUUCAAAUUGAUAUCUUUUUCUAUCACUCUGUAAUUUGUACUUCAUUUUUAGUCUUAAUCUAUUCAUGUCUGGUCUAG